UGGUUCAACACUUACAUCAUCAAUCCUGAUGGUAGUGAAGGUCUGACCCCCUUUGUCGUCUUUUGUACCAUGACAGACAAGAAUGGAGUUGGCGUGACAGUUGUCAGUCUCGAUAGUGAAAACAGAAUGCUGGUUUAUAGAUUGUUUUCACAGUGACGUCAUCAAAUUGUAAAGCCAAGAUAGCGAGGUUUUACGAAUUCUUAUUUGCACUAGGUUGAAGAUAAACAAAACGGAAAUCCUUGUACAAGUUUCCAUUCCCGUAACAUGUUUCAUUUCAAAAUACAGCAAUUUGAACUUCCAAGUUUUCACAGUGCGUGACACCAAAAUAGAAAUGCUGUCUCGUUGAAAGAAGUCUCUCCUCUUGAUUUUCAGCAGUAUAACCAUUUCAAAUAUUAGAAGAUAUGUUUAUGCGCACGUAUACUAGUUCUCGAGUGAAAAGAAAGAGCUUUUUAUAGAAAAAGUGAACUCCAGAUGUUUUUGUUGAUUUCCGACGGCCAUAUUGGUGCACCAAAACGGUGCACCAAUAUGGCGUCUCCAUACAAAGCUCUACAAAAGUGCGUGAAACGUUUCGGCAAAUAACUCAGAAACUGUGGGCCACCAAGACCGACACCAAGACCUGAGACUUGGACAAAUUUUUCAAAAAUCAGUCUUUUAUAACAUUUCAUUUUCUUGGCUUUUUCCCCUGGGCCCAGUUGUUCGAAGGCCGAUUAGCGCUUAACCCGGGGUUUCUUUCUCUUAUGUUCAAAAGCAUUUUCUCGGAUAAUUUUCUCUGUAAUUUUUAGAACUUCCAAUCAUUAACUUGUGGACAAAAAGAAUUAAAACUAAAAUGGUUUUUAAGCUUUCAAAUCUGAAUUCAAAUCUCCCACUAACCCUGGGUUAUCUUAACCCAGCUUUGAACAACUCGGCCCUGGACGGUUUACAAUUUAUUUUUUUCUUGCGUGACACUGAAAACGAUCUAUAGAACAAAGAAAGCAAGGUUGAUUUUGCAGUCGGGAACUAUAUUUCUUUUACCAAUAUUCCGAAGGCACGGCCUUCUUUUUUCAGGGGUCUUACAUACAAUGAUAAGGUUAAGCUAAGACGUUAUAAUUUGAAAUAAAGAAAAGCGUGCAAUAUUAUACUAUAAUAACACUAGUGAAAAUUUUAGUAAGAAAAAGUGAACGUUAACAAACUGACAAUUAUAUAUAUUUUCUGUUCUCAAAUAUUUUUAACGUUCACUUUUUUCUUAUUAAAAUUUUCACGUGUUAUCAUAGCAUCAUAUUGCACGCCAUUCUUUAUUUUUUUCAAAUUGUAACGUCGUAGCUUAACCUUAUCAUUGUAUGUAAGACCCUGAGGAAGGAAGGCCGUGCCUUCUGAAAAAUUGGUGAAAGAAAUAUAUAUUCCCGACUGUAAAAUCAAUCAGCCUUGCUUCUUUUGUUUUAUAAGUUUCCUCUUAAAGCUGAUUAGAUCCUUUAUUAGGAUCCGUUACUUCCUUUUUUGUAAGUUGGUCCUUGCUUUCAAAAUUGAGAAUGCUAGUGGACCGCUAUAAGCCAACUGGUAGUUACGUGCGAAAUAUAAGCUACCUC